AUGAUUCGCUCUGUCCAGACAGCUGGCCGUUUGCUGUUCCGUAGUUCUCAGAGGGAAACCUUUCUGCGCCCUUUAAUAAAGGCCGGGGCACACUCUACUAAUCCUGAAUACUUCAAUCGCGUGGAACCAUACGAAAUAUAUAGAUCUCGUUUCCUCAAUGCUUUCAAUGACCAGACACUAGAUAGUUGGUGGGUGAGGCAUUGGCUGCUAAAGCUACACCAAGAAGACUCAAUCCCUCCUCCUGAAGUGGUUGAAAGUGCUCUUCGAGCCUGUCGGCGGCUGAAUGAUAUUGCGCUCGCAAUUCGCUUCCUGGAGACGAUCAGACUGAAAUGCAAGGUUGUUUCUGGAUCUUGGGAUUGGAUGCAGAAAGAGAUAGACCCGACCAUGAAGGAGUUAGGAAUACCUACCUUGGCCACAUUGGGAUACGAGAAACCGCAGUUGGCCUUCCCGGAUCCCGACGAUUGUUUCACUUAG